UAAAGCUAUGGGCUAAUCGAAAAUCAUCCCCCGAAUAAUUCAUUUUUUUUUUAUAAUUACUAUCAAAAUACCUUUUUCUUUUCUAUAUAAAAUAAAUAUCUCUAAAUCCCUUAUCCACUUCACUCUUCCUCUUCUGGAUAAUCUCCAACUUUUUAGAAACUCUGCUACUUCCUAAAUAUCUUCUGUACUAAAAGAUGAUAAAGCCGGCGACUCUUCGUUCGUUUCCUCUCCCUAUAGAGUUUAACGGCAAAUCUAAGUUCCUCGAACCGUCGACGUCUUGUUUUCCGGCGAGAUCCUUCUCGGUGGUUCGUUGUUCGAGCACGAGAGACGUCCCCAAGCUCGAGCUAUUCAGCCGCGGAAAAUUCGAUCGGAUUCUUCAAGAUCCGCCAUUAAUUGAAAAAGCCGAGACCGAACUCUCAGAUUACUGUUCGACGCUUGAAGGUGAUGAUUCAUACAGUUGCUGGAGAGCUUACUUUGAACUCAAAGACCUCGAAAAAGAGAAGCCGAAAGUGGAAGUAGAGAAUCUAAUCUUGCAAACAGGCGGCUUGAAAUCGCUAAUCUGGUGUUUACAUGGACUUGCUUCAAUGGAGAAGGAGAAGAAACACAAGAAUGACGCAGAAGCCUCAUUCAUUGCGCGACGACAGCUCUUGACAUUACCAGAAAACGGAGAUCUUCCCGAUGAUAUAGAGUAUGAGGUCGAUCUCAAGGUGACAUUUGCCAACACCAGGCUUAAGAGAGCGUAUAUCGCUCUCCAAGCCUGGAAGAAAGCGGUCUUCUCCGACCCGUUUAACACCACAGGGAACUGGCACGGCCCGCACGUGUGUGGCUACACCGGAGUGUUCUGUGCUCCUGCUCUCGAUGAUCCUAGCGUCGCGGUUGUCGCCGGGGUUGAUCUGAAUGGUGCGGAUAUCGCGGGGCAUUUACCGGUUGAGCUUGGUUUGAUGACGGAUACAGCGAUGUUCCAUCUGAAUUCGAACCGGUUUUGUGGUAUCAUACCCAAGAGUUUGAACAGGUUGAAGCUAAUGCAUGAGUUCGAUGCUAGCAACAACCGUUUCGUCGGACCUUUCCCGACCGUUGUCCUUUCGUGGCCGACCGUUAAGUACAUCGACCUAAGGUUCAACGAUUUCGAAGGUCAAGUCCCUCAAGAGCUUUUCAAGAAGGAUCUCGACGCCAUUUUCUUGAACAACAACAGAUUCACUUCCACCAUUCCUGAGUCACUCGGAGAAUCUUCAGCUUCCGUUGUGACCUUCGCUCAUAACAAAUUCAGUGGUUGUAUCCCUAAAAGUAUUGGAAACAUGAAGAAUCUCAAUGAGAUCAUUUUUAAGGACAACAGUCUCGGCGGUUGUUUCCCAUCUGAGAUCGGAAAGUUAGUUAAUGUCAACGUUUUCGACGCUAGCAUGAACUCAUUCACAGGUGUUCUACCACCGAGCUUUUCUCGGCUUACCGGUGUCGAAGAGUUUGAUAUCUCCGGGAAUAAACUCACUGGUUUUAUGCCGGAGAAUAUCUGCAAGUUGCCUAAUUUGGUUAACUUGACGUACGCUUACAACUACUUUAACGGACAGGGAGAUUCGUGUGUCCCAGGUAGUAGGAAGGAGAUUGCAUUGGAUGAUACACGUAACUGUUUGCCUGAUAGGCCUAAGCAACGAUCGGCUAAAGAAUGUGCGGCUGUGAUUAGCCGUCCUGUUGAUUGUAGUAAGGAUAAGUGUGCUGGUGGUUCUAGUUCUGCUGUGCCGUCGAAGUCAAAGCCGCCAUCACCGGUGCCAACUCGGCCGAUUAGGAAACCACAACCACCGAAAGAGUCACCAAAACCGGAUGAUCCAUCUGAUCAGUCUCCUGUGAAGUUCAGACGUAGCCCACCUCCGCCACAACAACCACAUCAUCCGGUGGUUUCUCCUCCUCAGCCACCACCACCGAUGCAUUCUCCACCACCUCCAGUCCAUUCUCCACCACCACCAGUCCAUUCUCCACCACCGCCAGUCCAUUCACCACCACCACCAGUCCAUUCUCCACCACCACCGGUAUAUUCUCCACCACCCCCAACGCCGGUUUAUUCACCGCCACCGCCAGUUCAUUCACCUCCACCACCGGUACAUUCUCCACCACCCCCAACGCCGGUUUAUUCACCGCCACCGCCAGUUCAUUCACCUCCAACACCGGUUCAGAAACCACAGGCACCGAAAGAGUCACCAAAACCAGAUGAUCCCUCCGAUGAGUCUCCUGUGAAGUUUAGGCGCAGCCCGCCUCCACCACAACAAUCACAUCCCUCAGUGGUUUCUCCUCCUCCUCCGGUUCACUCUCCACCACCACCCGUCCAUUCUCCACCACCAUCGGUACCGGUUCACAAACCACAGACACCAAAAGAGUCACCAAAACCAGAUGAUCCAUCCGAUGAGUCUCCUGUGAAGUUUAGGCGCAGCCCGCCUCCACCACAACAAUCACAUCCCUCGGUGGUUUCUCCUCCUCCUCCUGUUCAGUCUCCACCACCACCAGUACAUUCUCCUCCACCACCGGUCCACUCACCACCACCACCAGUUUAUUCUCCACCACCACCAGUUUAUUCCCCACCGCCACCUCCGCCAGUCCAUUCACCACCACCACCGGCACAUUCUCCUCCACCGCCAGUCCAUUCACCACCUCCACCAGUAUUCUCUCCACCACCACCACCACCACCUGUCCACUCGCCUCCACCACCGGUUUACUCUCCACCACCACCGGUAUACUCUCCACCACCGCCACCACCUGUCCACUCCCCACCACCGCCUGUUUUCUCUCCACCCCCACCGGUAUAUUCCCCACCCCCGCCGCCACCAGUCCACUCCCCUCCACCACCAUCACCAAUCUACUCUCCUCCACCGCCUGUUCGCUCCACACCGCCACAGUCGCCACCACAAACACCUACACCAGUUCAAUCGCCACCACAAACACCGGUGAACUCUCCUCCGCCACAAGCACCAACACGGACGGUAGAAGCACCAGCUCCAAGUGAAGAAUUCAUCAUACCAACCUUCAUUGGUCACAAAUAUGCCUCGCCACCACCUCCAAUGUUUCAGGGUUACUAA